AUGAAUUUAGGACGGCCAGGAAUGAGAGUGGGUCGCCAUACACGCGCCACUCUUUCGAUGGACGAAGCGGCUAGCGAUCGGCCAAGUCGGAAGAUGAGUGCCGACGCUGUCAGCAGGAAGAGUUCAUUCGUCCAUUCAAGAGUGAUGCAAAAAGCACGUCAAGAGUAUCGUGUGCAUUCAACUGAAGAAGUCGAUUCAAGA